AUGCACCUCGUCGCAGCAACCCUCCUCUCCCUUGGCCUCGCCUCGGCCUAUGAGAUCCCCGACAACCUAAAGCAAAUCUAUAACAAGCACAAGUCCGGAAAAUGCAACAACAAACUCGCAAGCGGCUUCAGUGAUGGCAUCAGCGGCGCCCACACCUUCGCCUACUGUGGCGACAUCUCUAACGCCAUCUACCUUCACAGCUCAGCAAACGGCGGUCAAUACGACAACAUGGACGUCGACUGCGAUGGACUGAAUGAUAAAGGCGGGGACUGCGGUACCGAUGAGACUGGGCAGGGCGAAACCGCAUUCAAGGAUCAGUUGAGCCAAUAUGGUAUCAAAGAUCUGGACGCGAAUAUUCAUCCCUAUGUCGUGUUCGGAAAUACCAAGUUCGAUCCGCAACAGUACGGCAUGGAGCCGUUGAGUGUGAUGGCUGUUGUUUGUAACAACCAGGUGUUGUAUGGAAUCUGGGGUGAUACCAAUGGUGCAGAUUCAACCGGUGAAGCCUCGAUUUCGUUGGCUCAGAUGUGUUUCCCUAAUGAUGGUAUCAAUGGUAACAAUGGUCACGGCGAGGAGGAUGUGUUGUACAUUGGUUUCACUGGAAAGAAUACAACGCCUGGUAAAAAUGCGGAUUGGAAGGCUGGGAAUCGUGAUGCUUUCGAGGCGAGUAUCAAGAGUCUUGGUGAUAAGCUUGUUGCUGGUCUUUCGGCUUAA